AACACGGACAAGGACAGCAAAGUCGAACUCUAUCAGUUGCCUGUUUUUUGACUAUGAGCAUAAACUAGAUAAUGGAUUGGAAAGAGCUGGCAGCUCAGAAGCUGAAUCUUUCCUCCAAGCGGAAGAAAAACCUGCCUUCUCUGCUUAACCCGCAAGAACCCUCCAUCUACCCGACCAACUUCAGCGGUAUCCUGCAGGUCUCGCCACCCCCUGCCCCACCAUGUCUGCUCCGUGCUGUUUCCAAAGUGAAGGAAAAUCCAGGGAUGGGAAAGGUGAAAGUGAUGAUGCGUAUCUGUCCGUCUCUGGAGGCUGCAGACUCCUCAGAGUCUCAGUCUUUCUUGAAAGUAGACAGUAGGAAGAAGCAGCUGACCCUCUACGAUCCUGCGUCCAGCCCACACUCUAGUUCAGGGCACAGGAGAUCCGCCACUGUGGCCGUCCCAAAGAUAUUUGCCUUUGAUGCUGUUUUUACCCAGGAUGCUUCACAAGCUGAGGUGUGCUCAGGGACAGUAGCUGAGGUCAUCCAAUCUGUGGUGAAUGGUGCAGACGGCUGCAUCUUCUGCUUUGGCCAAGUAAAGCUCGGCAAGACAUACACCAUGAUUGGCAAAGACAGCUCCACUCAAAGCCUAGGCAUUGUGCCCUGUGCCAUUUCUUGGCUCUUCAAGCUCAUCAACGAGCGCAAGGAGAAGACGGGCACGCGCUUCUCAGUCCGCGUGUCUGCAGUGGAAAUCUUUGGAAAAGAUGAGGAGCUAAAGGACUUGCUGUCUGAGGUGUCGUCCGGCAGCCUGCAGGAAGGCCAAUCCCCGGGAAUCCACCUGAGAGAGGAUCCCAUCUGUGGCACUCAGCUUCAAAACCAGAGUGAGCUUCGUGCCCCAACUGCUGAGAAAGCCGCCUUCUUCUUGGAUGCAGCCAUUGCUGCCCGGAGCACCAGCAGACCGAAUGUUGAUGAGGACGAGCGACGGAACUCCCACAUGCUGUUCACACUGCACAUUUACCAGUACCGCAUGGAGAAGACUGGAAAAGGGGGAAUGUCGGGUGGACGAAGCAGGCUGCACCUUAUUGACUUGGGGAGCUGCGAAAAGGUCCUGAGUAAAAGCAGAGAUGGAGGAGGAGGCUUGUGUCUUUCCCUGAAUGCACUGGGAAACGUCAUAAUGGCUUUAACAAAUGGAGCGAAGCAUGUACCCUACAGAGACAGCAAACUGACAAUGCUGCUGAGGGAGUCCCUUGGCAACAUCAACUGCAGAACAACUAUGAUUGCCCACAUCUCAGAUUCCCCAGCCAACUAUGCUGACUCGCUCACCACUAUCCAGCUGGCAUCCCGGAUCCACCGAAUGAGAAAGAAGAAAUCUAAGUAUGCAUCUAGUUCAUCUGGAGGUGAAAGCUCGUGUGAGGAAGGGAGGAUCCGGAGGCCCCCCCACCUCAGGCCUUUUCACCCUCGGACAGUAGCCCUGGACCCAGACCUGCCCUGUUUGCUCAGUGACCCAGAAUACUCCUCUAGUAGUGAGCAGUCUUGUGAUACUGUUAUUUAUGUGGGCCCUGGGGGAACUGCAAUCUCAGACAGGGAGCUUAGUGACAAUGAAGGCCCACCUGCCUUUGUUCCAAUUAUCCCUUCUCUGAACAAGAAGAAGUCUGCAAAAGAGGGCCCUCUGGACAGAGACCAUUUCUUUAAAUGCAACACAUUUGCUGAACUGCAAGAGAGGCUUGAGUGCAUAGACGGCAGUGAAGAACCUACUGCUUUCGUUGGAGAGGGAAAACGAUCCCAGGCUAGCCCCAAGAUGGACAAAUCUAAAGAGAGCCAAAGCUCUGUUUCACCAAAGACUGUAGCAAAUAUUUCUUACAACCAAGAGGGUAUCUCACCCAAACAAUCUCCUAAAUCGGUCCCCCGCAGCCAUCUUGCAGUCCCAGUGCCAAAUCUAAAGUUGACAGUUAGUGCAAACAAACUGGCACCUGCCGCUGCCCCACCUACUGAACCUGUGGUGAGAGAGAAGAUUUACUCCAGCAAGAAAUCCUUGCCAAAGCCAGCCCCGCCUCCUUCACAGCAGAGAGAAAAUACUGACAAUGAGGAAAGAUCAAGCACCAGAAUGCCACCUGUUGGAAUGAGCCACCAAGCUGCGAAAAGAAGGGAUCCGUGCACUUCGCCUUUACUUAGAGCUCCGGUGGAGGUGUGCCAGGUACGCUCGACGUUGAGGGAAAGAUGUCUGGACCGGGACAUCCUUAGAGCGACUGUCACCCUGCAGCAGCCUGUGGAGCUGAACGGAGAGGAUGAGCUGGUGUUCACUGUGGUGGAGGAGCUAUCUAUAGGCAGUAUAGUAGAUCAAGGCCGGCCAUCGAGCAUUAUUAGCUUUAACAGUGACUGCUCUCUUCAGGCCCUGGCCUCUGGUUCUCGACCUGUCAGCAUCAUCAGUAGCAUCAAUGAUGAAUUCGAUGCCUACACAUCAGCCGCUGGAGGGUCAGAGGUGAACAUUUCAGUGGUCACAGCCCCUCAGGAGGGAGGAAUGGCGUGUAUAGACAGCAGAGGUUCAUCUAUCAGUUCUUGGCUGAGUGAGGUUAGUGUCUGCACCUUGGAAAGCGAAGGGGCUCAUUCCACAGACGUCUUCCUUCCACAGGCCAAACACAUGGGCCCAGAGGCCACCGUUUACUUUGACUCCCUGGAUAUGUUUAAUUGUGUCUCCUCGCCUAGAAAUGCCAAGAACUCCCUAAAUGACAGCGGAUUUAGUUUUUCUGAACUAGACAGUGAUAGCGCCGCCUCAAGCAAGCUGUCACUGACAAAGUGCCCCCCAUCACCAGAAUCAGCAAAAGGCUCCCUAAAAUUUACAUCUAAAAUAACUAAAGCUCACUCGCUUAGCUCCUCCCACAGGCAAUACCAGCAAAUUUCUCAGAAAUCCCCCCAGUGGCAUCCCUUCCAGCAAAACGUCCAGCAACACCAACAGUGUACCUCGCUCUCCCAAUGUGCAGGGUCUACCUCAGCCCAAAGGGUGGUUGAUGGCUUGAGAAAAUCCAGUCUUGACCAUAAAACGAAGACACUGCUGCCCCAAAGUGCCUUAAAGACAGCAUAUGGGGAGGCAGGAAGGACCUAUGGAGCGAGGGCGGCUGUAUCAGAAGAUGAGCUUGAGGUAUGCCACAGAGUAGACAGUUUCAAAACCUCCAGCCUCAACACGGCCAAAGUUACCUCCAGUUUGAAGGCCAAAGGGCCUAGAGGAGAGGCUGGGCAGCACUAUGGCAGUCAGAUAUCACUGGAAAGGUGUGAAAGUCUGUCCUUAUCAGGUUCCAGAGCUGCGCUUAGUAGAGAGAACAGCGGGGCAAGUCUUGGCAGCAGUAGUAGCAAAUCAAGCAAGUCCAUUUCGCGAUUCGGUAUUCCCAAUUCAUCCAGCGCUCCUAUUGCUUCCUGUCCAUCCUCCCAAGUGGAGGAAAUGUCAGCAAACCUGGACAGCCAACAGCUCCAAGGGCUUAAGCUCCUCCACAAAGUCUUUGGCCGCCCAUCUACCAGAAACACUAAUGCCAACCUCCCUCCUUCUGGACGGACAUCGGCUCCUCGGACCACCGCUGCAGUCACCAGCAAGCCUGGAAGAGGCACUAUCAUGGGCACAAAGCAGGCCAUUAGAGCUGCAAAUAGCCGUGUGAGUGAACUGGCAACAGGCAACAUAUCAGGAAAACACGUGAAAGCUUCAGCAGACUCAGACAGUGGGAAUGACAGCGGGGUGAAUGUGAGUGAUGACAAAUCCCCAGUAGCCAUGCUGCCUUCUCCAUACAGUAAAAUCACAGCACCCAGGCGGCCUCAGCGCUACAGCAGUGGCCACGGCAGUGACAACAGCAGCGUGUUGAGCGGGGAGCUACCUCCGGCGAUGGGACGCACAGCUCUGUUCUACCACAGCGGUGGCAGCAGCGGAUAUGGCAUGAUCCGUGACAGUGAAGCCACAGGCAGCGCUUCCUCUGCCCACGACUCUAUGAGCGAGAGCGGCUUCUCAUCUUCAGGGAGAGCAAAGAGCUCCAAGUAUCCCAAGAAGAGAGCAACAGGCUUCCAAAGAAGACGGCUAAUCCCAGCACCCCUGCCAGACACAGCAUCUCUGGGGAAGAAGGUGAGCACAGCAGGUCAGUGGGUGGACUUGCCUCCUAUGUCUGGACCACUGAAGGAACCCUUUGAGAUCAAGGUGUAUGAGAUCGACGAUGUGGAACGGCUCCAAAGGCGCCGUCAGGAGGAAACCGCAGAGGGCCUGCUGUAUUUUAACAGUAAGCUGAAGAUGCUUGAGAGAAGGCAACAGCAAGUGAAGGAAGUGAGGGCAAAGCAUCAAGUGUUAUUGGAGGAGCUGGAAGACACGAAGGCCCGACUGAUGAUGGACCCCAGCAAGUGGAUAGGAGAGUUUGAGGUGGACCAGAAUUUGGAUAAAGAAUCUCCAGAGUAUCUGGAGGCCUUGACACAGGCCACAGAGGAGCUGGAGUUCUGCGUCAACCUGUGCAAGGCCCGUGUCAUGAUGGUGACGUGCUUUGACAUCAGCAUGUCAACACCUGGCACUCAGGAGGGGCUACGUGAAGUCGAAGUCUGAGGACAAAAGUAAGUAGGAGCGGGAA